AUGCUGAAUGUGCAUUUGGUGCCGCACACGCACGAUGACGUCGGUUGGCUGAAGACGGUUGACCAGUACUAUUACGGGAGCAAGACAACGAUCCAGAAGGCGGGCGUACAGUACAUCCUUGACUCGGUUGUUCAAUCGCUGCUGAACGAUCCGGCUCGUAAGUUCAUCUACGUCGAGUCGGCGUUCUUCUUCAAGUGGUUCAACGAGCAGACGGUUGAACUACAGCAGCAGGUUCGGAAGCUGGUUGACGAGGGUCGGCUUGAGUUUAUCGGAGGUGCUUGGAGUAUGAAUGAUGAGGCCGCUGCUCACUAUCACAGCGUGAUCGAUCAGUUCACUUGGGGUUUGCGAAAGCUCAACGAUACCUUCGGUGAAUGUGGACGACCACGAGUGGGCUGGCAGAUUGAUCCGUUUGGGCACUCGCGCGAACAAGGAUCACUGUUUGCGCAGAUGGGCUACGAUGGGUUGUUCUUUGGGCGGCUGGAUUAUCAGGACAAGCGCGAACGGAUGACGCAUAAGCGGGCGGAGAUGAUCUGGAAGACGAGCGCUAACCUGGAGGAUAGCGAGCUGUUCACGGGCGCGCUGUACAACUUGUACCAGGCACCACCUGGUUUCUGUUUCGAUAUUCUCUGCUCGGACGAACCGUUCAUGGAUAGUCCGUACUCUGCGGAGAACAACGUUAAGACGAAGGUGGAUAAGUUUCUGUACUACGUAAACCUGCAGGCAGAAAGCUAUCGCUCCAACAACAUCCAACUGACGAUGGGCGGUGACUUCACGUACAUGGACGCUAACGUGUACUUCAAAAACUUGGACAAGUUGAUCAAGUACACCAACGCACGCCAGUCAAAUGGAUCCAAUGUGAACGUGUUCUACUCGACACCAUCAUGCUACCUGAAAGCCCUGCACGAUGUGGGUAUAACCUGGCCGACGAAGAGCGAUGACUUCUUCCCAUACGCCUCUGAUCCACACUCGUACUGGACGGGCUACUAUACCUCGCGACCCACAAGCAAGCGCUUCGAGCGUGUCGGCAAUCACUUCCUGCAGGUGUGCAAACAGCUCACAGCGCUCGCCCCGAUCAAGGAGUCACACAUGGAGCCUCACCUGAGCGUGCUGCGUGAGGCAAUGGGAGUGAUGCAGCAUCACGACGCCAUCACCGGUACGGAGAAGCAACACGUCGCGAACGAUUACGCCCGGAUGCUGUUCCGUGCGGUGAAAGCGUGUGGUGCCAACACCCAGGUCGUCCUAAACCAGCUCCUGCACCCAGACGAAGGAUCCGUUGCUGAUCGGCCAAAGUACACGUUCGCGUUCGAAUCAUGCCAUUUGCUGAAUGUCAGCAAGUGCGAGCUGACUGAGUUGAAGGACAGCUUCACGGUGACACUGUACAACCCGCUGGCACAUGCCGGACAUGAGUACGUGCGUGUUCCUGUCUCUGGUGGUCGGUACAUCGUCCGAGAUUACCGCAAUGUGGAGGUGUCUGCUCAGCUCGUGCCAAUUCCAGAAUCGGUGCUUAACCUGGCGUACCGGUUCAGCAACGCCACCGCAGAGCUGGUGUUCCUUGCUAACGAACUGCCACCGCUCGGGUUCAAGUCGUACUUUGUGACACGUGCGAUCGAUUCGCUGGAUGACUUCCUGCACGAAAUGUCAACACCACCUGCAGCCUCACCGGAGGUCACCAUCGGGAAUCGGUACCUGAACGUGUCAUUCGAUAGCAACGGCUUCCUGAGCACGAUCACAAUCGAUGGAGUCACAAACAGGCUCCGGCAAACGUUCGUAUACUACGAGGGAGCACUGGGAAAUAACGAGGAGUUCCGCAAUCGAUCUUCUGGAGCGUACAUCUUCCGCCCGAAUGGCACAGAGCGAACCGUCACCGAAACCGUCCAGCUGAAGGUGGUGAAAGGUCCCACGGUGCAGGAGGUUCACCAGGUGUUCAACGAGUGGAUCAGCCAGGUUGUGCGCAUCUACGCCGAUGAGAAUCACAUCGAGUUUGAGUGGAUGGUGGGUCCGAUCCCGGUGGAGGAUGGCAUCGGGAAGGAGAUCGUGUCACGGUUCUACACCGCUGCUCAGUCGAACGGUGUGUUCUGGACGGAUGCGAAUGGACGUGAGAUGAUCAAGCGCGUGCGGAACCACCGGGACACGUGGGCUGUAGAUUUGAUGGAGAAGAUCUCUGGUAACUAUUACCCGGUGACGACGAAGAUCGCGCUGGAAGACGGUGGUCUUCGGUUGGCGGUGUUGACUGAUCGUGCACAGGGUGGAUCAAGUUUGGAGGAUGGAUCGGUAGAGCUGAUGGUCCACCGAAGACUACUGCACGAUGAUGCGUUUGGUGUGGAGGAGGCCCUAAACGAGCAGGCGUUUGGUCGAGGAUUAGUAGCGCGUGGCAAACAUUGGGUGGUGUUUGGGGCGAAACAACAGACCAGCCCGACUCCGGAGGCUCGUGAGCGGUUCCUGCAGAAUCGGAUGCUCCUACCGAACUGGUUGUUCUUGAGCGACGUCAGCGAAUUCAAGUACGAGGACUGGACGAAGGAGUACACCAACAUUUACUCUGCUCUUUCGCUGUCGCUUCCGUUGAACGUGCACCUGCUGACGUUUGAGCCAUGGCAGGAGAACAGCAUUCUGGUGCGUUUCGAGCACCUGCUCGAGAAGGACGAAGACCCACUAUACUCGAAACCGGUGCGGUUCAACGUACAGGACGUAUUCAGGCAGUUCAGCAUCGACGAGAUACGCGAAACGACACUCGCCGCGAAUCAGCUAAAGGAGGACUCGAGCAGACUGAAGUUUAAGCCCGAUCCUGACUACAUCAUGUACGGUUCUGUAAGGCGAGAUGCAGCGGCUGGCACUCCAUCUGCCUCUCCGAAGGUGCAAACUAACCGUUUCUCUGCACCACUCGAAGACAUCGCCCGCAACGUUGCCGAUGAUGGGUUUGAGAUCGUUCUCAAGCCGAUGGAAAUCAGGACAUUCAUCUUUCAGCUAGAAUACAAGCCAUAAACGUGGAGGUUAACCUCCGCCCGGUAGUUGUACAUCCUAUUAAGUUAAAUUAGUCAAAUAAAAG